AAAGAGAAUGCAAAAUAAUAAAAAUAAUAAUAAAUCAUUAUCAUUUUACAGAAAACUCCAAAAAUGGGCCGGACAAAAAUAUUGGCACCCUUUGAAAAAUCAUGUGAUGCUUGUCUAAUUUGAGUAAUUAACAGCACCUGUUACUCACCUGUAGCACAUAACAGGUGGUGGCAAUAAGUAAAUCACACUUGUAAACAGUUAAAAUGGAUUAAAGUUGACUCAACCUCUGGCCUGUGUCCUUGUGUGUACCACAUUGAGCAUGGAGAAAAGAAAAAAGACCAAAGAACUGUCUCAGGACUUGAGAAGCAAAAUUGUGAGGAAGCAUGGGCAAUCUCAAGGCUACAAGUCCAUCUCCAAAGACCUGAAUAUUCCUGUGUCUACCGUGCACAGUGUCAUCAAUAAGUGUAAAGCCCAUGACACUAUGGCUAACCUCCCUAGAUGUGGACAGAGAAGAAAAAUUCACAAGAGACUUCAACGAAAGAUUGUGCGGAUAGUGGAUAAAGAACCUCGACUAACAUCCAAAUAAUUUCAAGCUGUCCUGCAGUCCGAGGGUACAACAGUGUCAACCCAUACUAUCUGUCGGCAUCUGAAUUUAAAGGGACUUUAUGGUAGGAUACCUAGGAAGACCCUGCUUCUGACCCAGAGACAUAAAAAGCCAGGCUAGAGUUUGCCAAAACUUACCUGAGAAAGCCAAAAACGUUUUGGAAGAAUGUUCUUUGGUCAGAUGAGACAAAAGUGGAGCUUUUUGGGAAAAGGCAUCAACAUAGAGUUUACAGGGAAAAAAACGAGGCCUUCAAAGAAAACAACAUGAUCCCCAGAGUGAAACAUGGCGGCGGUUCCCUGAUAUUCCCUGAUGUUUUGGGGUUGCUUUGCUGACUCUGGCACUGGACUGCUUGACCGUGUGCAUGGCAUUAUGAAGUCUGAAGACUACCAACAAAUUUUGCAGCAUAAUGUAGGGCCCUGUGUGAGUAAGCUGGGUCUCCUUCAGAGGUCAUGGGUCUUCCAGCAGGACAAUGACCCAAAACACCCUUCAAAAAGCACUAGAAAAUGGUUUGAGAGAAAGCACUAGAGACUUCUAAAGUCCAGACAGGAAUCCCAUAGAACACCUGUGGAGAGAUCUGAAAAUGGCAGUUUGGAAAAGGCACCCUUCAAAUCUCAGAGACCUGGAGCAGUUGGCCAAAAAAGAAUGGUCUAAAAUUCCAGCAGAGCAUUGUAAGAAAGUCAUUGAUGGAUACCGGAAGCAGUUGUCCGCAGUUAUUUUGUUUAAACGUUGUGCUACCAAGUCUUAGGCUGAGGGUGCCAAUACUUUUGUCCGGCCCAUUUUUGGAGUUUUGUUUUAAAUGAUAAUGAUUUAAUUUUUUUCUCCAAUUCUCUUUUGUGUCUUUUCAUAGCAAGCAAAAUAAAUGAAGAUAUUACGACCAAAGCAUUUGUUAAUUGCAAUUAUUUUCUAAUAGAAAUUGAGCAUUAUCCGACAGAAUUGCAGGGGUGCCAAUACUUUUGGCUAGCAGUGUAGUUACUUUACUGAUUACUUAAUCAGUAAUUUAUCCAUUACUUUUUAUCAAUUUGUCUCCCUUUGCCGCCUCAACAUAAGGAUGACAACAGAAAAAUGUCAUCGCAUGUAAUUUACUUACCGAUAAUUGAAUUUAAAGGUGAAGAUCAUAAUUUUUCACAUAAGGCUUAAUCUUCGAGUUAGCGGAGGUUUAAUUAGUUGAUGGAGUUGAUUUCAACCACCAUUGACUCGCGCUAGCUUAGCCACUCCGGAACCCUGAAACUAACAAAUAACUGACAAACCUCAUGGAAUUUGUUGAAAUCAUCUCCCCUGACCAAUUAAACCCCCGCUAAGUCGAAGAUUAAGUCUACUGUAAAAAAUUCUGAACUUUGGGUUAGAGUUUAGGGGUUAACAGCAUAUCAGUGCCAAUGUAAAACAAUGCAAAUUGACUGCGCAGUAAUCAACAACACAUAAAUUAAUUGGACAGUGUAAUAAACACAAAGGUGGGGGCGGGCGCGGAUGCACACGCACAACCCGGAAGUACCCCACACGCGGUCAAUUCGGCCACAAAACGUGGCGGCAACUAAGCACUUUACACUCAAUCGAACUUACGACACAUCCCAGAGAUGCAAAACAAAUACGUCACCUCAAGGCACAAAUGUGCAACACAAAUAUGAUGUAAACAAUGCUUGCCAACUUGAGGCGAUGACUGCCCGUAUUUGCAGCGAAAGCUAAAAAACGACCCCGAAUGUAAGGGGUCUAAACUAUCGCUGACACCCUCCUGAAUGUAGGAAAAAUACUCACUUUCAUCCAUGGAUAUACACAGAUCAAUAUUGCCUCGCUCAUCUCAACACUCGGCUCGAAUGUGCACCGCACUGGCAGCCUGGCCCACGCCUUUCUCAGGCCCAAAACACUUAGCGCGUAUGACUCGACACAAAAAUAGGAAGUAGCUGUGAGCAGUUACCAUGGAAACGUACCGGGACCUUUUUCCUAGCAUUUUCUAUUCAAAAUGCUCUUUGUAUAUGACUACAAUAUUCUUCAUUCUACGUAUGAGGCAAUAACAAAAUAAUAACACACAAUCACUAAGGAAACUAACUUUAAUCAGAUUACUGGUUUGGAAAAAUGAACGCGUUAGAUGACUCGUUACUGAAAGAGUAAUCAGAUUACAGUAACGCAUUAACAGAGUAGUAGAUAAAGAGUAUCUCGAGGAUACAAAGUCUGACAGAAAAGUGUUUUGGAUUUUUAUCAUUCAGUAAAGUAAUCUAUUUCAGUUCGAAAUGACUUCAUAACCUACAAAAAAAAAACUGGUGUAAAUAAUAUGACCAAAUAUCAAGUUGUCGUAUGGUGUAUGAUAGAAAAUAAGAUUAAAGUGAUUGUUAUUCGCAUAAAGUCCAUCUAAGGGACUUGCAAAACAGCAUGAUUUAACUCUUGGUAGCUUGAGAUUAAACUGUUGGUAUUAAUACCUGGGUUUCCUGAUAGGGUGGGGGUGGGGGCUCUUUAUUAUGAGUAUAAGAAGUUGUCACCCCUCCUCUCUGUCAAAUCAUGCAUCCGCUGUCAAAGGAUCAUAGGAUAACUGUGUUUGUGCGGCAAUAAUGGCUUUGUUCAUGGAUGCAGAUUUUUCAAUAGUCAAGCAGGACCAGCCGGCAGAAGUGGUUGAUUUGAAAGCAAUAUUUGGGGAACAGGAGCGCUGUAAAGAUGCUCACAGGGGGAGCGUCCUGUCUUCCUCUGAGCCGGAUCGUGGCACCUGUUUGACCGAGGGUCCGAGAAAAAGGAAGCGGACCAUCUUCAGUCGAGCUCAGCUCUCGGAGCUAGAGCAAGCCUUUGCUGUGACUCCUUACCCCGACAUUACCCUCAGAGAGAGACUGGCUGCACACACACACCUGCCCGAGAGCAAGAUACAGGUGUGGUUUCAAAACCGAAGAGCUAGAAGUAUCAAGACUGGGAGACAUCCCAAAUCCACAAAACAUUUUCUGGGAGGUAGGGGGCUCACAGAAGCCACCUCUGGGCUGGUGGCCUCAGCUUUCCCUGCCCCGACGACCCUGGCAGACAUAUUCCGAUCAGAGCAAAACCAGCUCUGUGAUGACAUCCCUCAAUUUUACUCCGACUGGAUCCAACUUUACAGCAACCAGUCAAUACCAUCGACAUCAUCACUCCACCAGCAACCCGCCCUCAUUUCUCCGAAGUGUUCAGAGUCUCGUCACUGGGAGGAGGAACGACAGCAGCGGCAGCCAGUGGGAACGUUCUUACCUGGUUCCUUUUCCCAUCCCAUCUCCAGGCAAACUCACCAUGCUCCUUCUAACCACUCCUACCAGACCCUCAGGAAUUUAAAAGGCCAGAGUCUGGCUCAGUCCACACCUCAUCAGGCAAUAGGCAGCCACGUUUCUGUCGACCAAAUUGUUCCUUCUCACUCUCAAUCGGCGUACUGGGAGGUAACGCAGGGCCAAGGACAUCACCACCAUCAUCACGCCCAAAUGGGUCCACAGACCUCUAUGGGCUACAUAUCAGACCUGAUCUACAAUGCUGCUAUUGUGACCAAUUUCCUGGAGUUCUGAGGAAGUAGUACUGUAGAACAUUAUUUUCCCUUUUUAACCCAGUAUAAAUCAAACCCCCGGUUAUUUCGUCAAACACUUCAAUGGUUUGAUAUUUUUCGUUCCUUUUUUCUUCUUGCUUCAAUCAUCUUUUCAAUGCAGUGUGGUUCCUUUUGAACAUCUAAUACGAAAUAUCAUGCAAUGAAUUAAACAUUAUGCAUGUAAAAAUGGACUCCACAAAACCAUUCUGUAAUGUUGCUUGACUUGC